AUGGAGAAACUCAAGACCGUCCUCGUCGCCAACCGUGGCGAGAUUGCCGUGCGUAUAUGCAAGACGGCGCGUAAGCUGGGCAUCCGCACGAUAUCAAUCUACACGCCCGCCGACGCCGCGAGUUCGCAUGUCGGCGCCGCAGACGAGGCCGUCCUCCUCGAGGGUCCCGACACCAAGGGGUACAUCGACGCCGAACAAAUUGUGGCCAUCGCCAAAGCAAAAGGUGCCAAUGGCGUGAUACCAGGGUAUGGCUUCCUCUCCGAAAACACCGACUUUGCACACCAGGUCACGCAGGCCGGCAUGGUCUUUGUCGGCCCAAGUUCCAAAUGCAUAGAGGAUUUUGGGAUCAAGCACACGGCGAGGGAGCUGGCUGCGGAAGCGAAUGUGCCAAUCGUGCCAGGGACGAAAGGCCUGGUAAACUCCGAGGACGAGGCCGUCGACGAGGCCAAGAAGUUGGGGUUCCCCGUAAUGCUCAAAGCCACGGCUGGAGGUGGCGGCAUGGGCCUUCUGGCCUGCAAAGACGAGGCGGAAGUGCGCAGGUCCUUCAAGACGGUACGGUCUCGUGGGGAGACGCUGUUCAAGAAUGCCGGGCUCUUCAUUGAACGGUACUAUCCUUCCUCGCACCACAUCGAGGUACAAGUGUUUGGCAACGGACAGGGCCAAGCCAUUCACUUUGGCGAGCGAGAGUGUUCAAUCCAGCGGCGGCAUCAAAAAGUCAUCGAGGAGUGCCCGAGCCCGUUCGUCGUCAAGCAUCCUGAGCUCCGAGAGAAGCUGGGCUCGGCGGCGGUCCGCCUAGCGGAGUCGAUCAAUUAUGGCUCUGCUGGGACAAUCGAGUACCUUGUCGAUGACGAGUCCGGAGACUUUUUCUUUCUCGAGAUGAACACUAGAUUACAGGUCGAACACGGCAUCACCGAGCUGUGUUACGGUGUUGACCUUGUCGAAUUGAUGUUGAAGCAAGCUGACGCAGAAUUGUGCGGCAAGGGCGGGCUUUCAGGGGGGUAUCUAAAGAGUCUUCAACCGAGGGAACCUAAAGGUGCUGCCGUCGAGGUCCGGUUGUAUGCCGAGAACCCUGCGAAAGACUAUGCGCCGUCUCCCGGAACGCUUCAGCAUGUCUCCUGGAAGGAGAUGCCCGGGUCGAGAGUCGACGGCUGGGUGCACACGGGAACAAAGGUUACAUCUUUCUACGACCCGCUCCUUGCGAAGGUCAUGAUGCACGCUGAAACUCGGGACGAAGCCAUCACAAAACUCGCCGAAAUGUUGCAGGGCUCAAAGGUCCUCGGUCCCGCGACAAAUAUCGAAUUCCUCGCUGAAAUCCUGCAAGACGAGACCUUCAAGUCUGGUCGGACCAUGACGAAGUUCCUUGAGUCGUUCAAAUAUCGGCCUCGUGCGAUAGACGUGCUGCAAGGCGGUGCCUAUACACUCGUUGAAGAUUGGCCCGGUCGUCCGACCAUCGGAAAGGGCUUCUCACACUCCGGGCCAAUGGACCCUGUGGCGUUCCGGAUCGCGAAUGCUCUGGUCGGCAACCCGACUGGAAAGGAGGGUAUCGAGAUCACUCUGAGCGGUCCAGAUCUUAGGUUUCUCGGCGCAGCAAUCGUUGCCGUGUGCGGUGCGCCCAUGGACGUCAAAGUCGAUGGACAGCCUGUCCCGAUGUGGACACGCUUGAAGAUUGCAGCAGGCCAACGCUUGACCAUUGGCAAAACUACAGGCGGCGGGUGUCGUUCUUACCUGGCCAUCUAUGGCGGUCUCCCCGGUAUUGCAACAUGGUUCGGGUCCAAGUCGACAGCGCCCAUGACUGCAGUAGGUGGACUCCAAGGACGCGCGCUCGCCGCUGGAGAUUUGUUGGCGAUCACCAGCGAGCUACCAGAUAUCCAAGGCGAGUUGAAGCUGCCUGAGCACCUGAUCCCGACGUAUCCCGAAGAAUGGGAUCUUUUCUCCAUGCCUGGUCCAUACGACGACGGCUUCAUCACAGAUGACUCAAUCGAGGAGUUUUACAAUAGCACUUUCACCAUCUCUCACAACGCUUCCAGAGGCGGUAUCCGUCUACUGGGUCCAAAACCCAAGUGGUCCCGCAGCGACGGAGGUGAAGGAGGUGCUCACCCAUCCAACGUGAUCGAAUACGGUUACCCUGUGGGUACGCUCAACUGGACAGGUGAUGAUCCAUGUUUGUUCCCCGUCGACGCGCCUGAUUAUGGCGGCUUUGUGUCUGCAACCACCAUCGUCAAAGCCGAUUACUGGCGUAUGGGCCAGAUGAAAGCAGGCAACAAGUUACGAUUUAACAGGAUAUCAUAUGCGGAUGCCAUCGCAAAGAGACACGAAGUCGAGGCAUUCCUGGCAAAGAUCCACGAGGUUUGUAGUGGGAGCGGAAAUUUCGACGACAUCAAACCACUGGUAUACGACAGUUUUCCUGCAUCGACGACGAACAAGGGCUGGGAAAAGGCACUGAUCCAUCAGAUCCAGGAGGACUCGAGCAAACACCAGCCGUUAGUGUCGUACCGUCAGGGCGGCGACGACUUCUUGCUGAUCGACUAUGGUCACGGAUCGUUCGAUUUGAACUACCGAUGUCGGGCGGUUGCUUUGUAUCAAAAGCUGCGUGAGGCCAAAGGAGAUGUGUCCUUUGCGAACGGCGCGUUGCUGACCGGUAUGGCUUGUGGCAAUUCUUUGAUGUUGUAUUUCGACUCGUUGAAGGUGAGUCGGGAUGCGCUGCUGCAAUACCUGAUUCAGCUCGAGAACGAACUGGGGGAUCUGAGUGAGGCCAAAUACCCCAGUCGCAAGUAUACACUGCCCAUCACAUUCAAGAGCAAGAGACAAAAGGAGAGCCUCCAGAGAUACAUGGAGACACAGAGGCCUUACGCGUCGUAUCUGCCAGACCCGGCACAGUUCGUGGCCAAGAACAACGGUUUCACUGAGCAGCAGUUGCGUGAUAUCCUGACCAAAUCGUCCCUGAUGGUGGUUGCGGUGGGUUUCUUCGUCGCACUACCAAUUUGUCUUCCGAUCGACCCGCGACAGCGGAUGCAGUGUCCCAAGAUGAAUCCUUCGAGGGUACACACUCCCGAAGGACAAGUCGGCUGGGGCGGUUCGUGCAUGGCCAUCUACAACGUCGAGUCGCCAGGAGGGUACAUGAACAUCGGCCUGUCGAUCCCCGGUGCAGACAUCCUAGGCUACAAGAAGGGCUACAACUCCGAAAGGCCGUGGCUGUUCGAGGACUUUGACCAAAUCACCUUCUACGAGGUGUCAGAAGAGGAGUACGAAGCGAUGAUGGCCACUUUCCGAAGUGGAAGGUACGAGUACGAGUACGAGGACACCGUUUUCGACAUGAAGGAACACAACAAGCUGCUCAAAGACACCAAGGCCGAAGUGGCGCAGAUCCGAGCAAAGCAGCGUGAAGCCCAGGCUGAGAUGGACAAGAUCGAGAAGGAGCUGCUGGCCAAGUGGAAUCAGGAGAAGGAGGCCGGUAAGAUCAGCAUAGACACGGUGCAUGAUUUGAUGCAUGACCCAGACAUUAUCGCCGUUGAGGCUCCAUUGAACGCCAACGUGUGGAAAGUAGAGGUCAAGGAGGGAGACACCAUCAGGGACGAGCAGACUGUCUCGAUCCUCGAGGCUAUGAAGCUUGAGAUCCCGGUCAAGGCAGAACAGAGCAUGGCCGGGGCAAAGGUGGAGAAGAUGCUGGUGAAGCCGAACGAUGUGGUGCAGGCUGGCAAUCCGCUGAUGCUCUUGCGAAGAGCAAAGUAG